UUCGAAUAUAUAGUAUAAAAAAAUUAUGCAAGAUUUUCGUUACACGACAUAUUUUUAUAAUGACAUAAUUAAAGAGUCAUUACUCAAUUUUGAGUUCCAUAAGUUAUUUAUUAUGGAAGGUAGAUCUAACAAUAAACGAGCAAACGAACCAAAACAUUUACGAAGAAAAGUGGUGUUCGUAGAUCCUGAUGAUCCCGAUGCACCACAUUGGUGGCCCGCCUUGGUGGUUCCGUUUAAGGAAAUCGAAAUAUUUAAACAAAGGAUGGAUUAUGAUGUACAAUAUCCAGCUGGAGGAGAAAACGUAGUAUGUUAUUUUGAAGAUGGUUCUUUUUCAAUUGUAUCAGAAAAAGAUCAACUUCCUUUUGAUCCAAAAGGUCAACCAUAUACUACAUAUAUGGAAGGUCCAAAUGCAUCAAUAUUUCAGAAAGACAAAGCUGUAGCGUUGGCUACGCUUUACUAUGAAAAAGGUGUUAUACCUCAAUCUUUCAAAUGGCUUCAUAAAGAAGAUGAUAAUAUAUUAAUGGGUACCGGAUUUUCUGGUAAUGGUGGUUUUAAUAUGAAUCAUCAAUUUGGAAUUGAAUACGUAAAUGGUGAAGAUGAUCAAAUGGUACAAGAAUCAAAGUCUUCCGGGAACACGAAAAGACAUUCAAGAAAGGAUAGUACUAAUAAUGGCACAUCAAAUUCUACAAUGAUAACUGAACGAGUCACUACAACUUCACGUGUAAAAACAUGUUCGCAAUGCGGAGAGAAGGCCAAUUCGGCGAGAGCAACAGCUUCUUCGGGUAGUGCUGAGCAAACUCACGCGCAAAGUCACAGCGUAUUAUGCGGCGAAUGUGAAACGUAGACAGCCUGAACGAC